AUGGUGUUUAGAGAUCUAUUUUCGAUACCCCCCGUCGACGAGAUGGAAACAUACGAAGGGGUACCGCUUGUGUACUUGAUGGAUAGAUCGGACACGUUACAAAGCCUGCUUCAACUGGUCUACAAUGACAUCGAUUCACCGUUUUGGCGACUUGACCCCUGCACGCUGCGCCAUCUACAUGACAUUCUAGAGUUAACUGACAAGUACGCCAUCGACUAUCUGAGGGAGAACAUCGUCACACAAAUCGAAUCUUGUUGGCCACGCACCCUGCGACGGUGGGAUGAGCUAGAUCCUAACGGGCUGCUGCCUGAACCCGCAUCGGCUAUCCGAUUGGCUCGAGAACAUAUCAUCCCAUCCAUCUUGCCUGCCGCGUUCUAUCACCUUUCCCGAAUUUCGAUAGAGGGCGACUGGCGUAACAUCCGGCAGCAUGGCGAAGCCGUUAAGAGUGUCUGUGUGGCGGAUUGGGGCUUGCUGACCGCUGAUGACCUUCGUUGUCUUCUGAAGGGGCGGGCGAAGAUGAGGCGGGCCUCACAAGAGAUACUCCGCUUUGGAUUUCAUAGGGAGGAAUGGCCGGAGGAGUGCUCUUCAGCGAAGCGAUGGAGGCUUUUGGGGGAGAUCGAAGAGGCAUGCAUUAAAUCUCCGGACAUACUUCAUGCUGCCAAGGACUACAUCGAGAAGGAGGAUUAUGGAGAUGGGGUUUGCCAACCAUGCUGUUCACGCAUUCGCUAUGACCUUGGUACCUUUCGUUACACGCUCUGGACAAUGCUUUCUGACUUUUUCUCCAUUCACAUGAUACGUACUUAG